GCUCCCCACAUGCGAGUGGACAACGUGAAGCCGGCUGCUGCUCUUCCUGCCGCUCCCGUUCCUGCUCCCGCUGCUCCUGCGGCUGCCGGCGGGCCAGCGCUGCCCCCGGCUCCGGCCGCUGCACCUGUGCCCGGCCCCGGAGCUGCGCCGCGGCUUCUCCUCGCCAUGUGGGACUAGGAGGGGUCCGGCGUUCUCCUCGGUGAACAUGGAUGCGGCGGGCAGGGCCGGUGGAGGGGAGCAGAGCCAUCCCGGCAGCGGCGGGGACGCCCCCGGGGACACGUCCAUGGACCGCUACCUGCGAUCUCAGGGCUUGUACAGGAAGAAAGUGGCCAAGGAUGGGUCCUGCCUUUUCAGGGCUGUGGCCGAGCAGGUGUUGUACUCUCAGUCUCGGCACAUUGAUGUUAGGAUGGCUUGUGUAGACUAUCUUCGAAAACAUAGGGAGAAAUUUGAAGCAUUCAUAGAGGGGCCAUUUGAAGAUUAUUUAAAAAGUUUGGAAAAUCCACAGGAAUGGGUUGGACAAGUAGAAAUAAGUGCCCUUUCUCUUAUGUACAAGAAAGAUUUCAUAAUAUACCAGGAGCCAAAUGCUUCUCCUUCACGUGUAACUGAAAAUGGUUUUUCUGAUAAGGUAUUGCUGUGCUUCUCAAAUGGAAACCACUAUGAUAUUGUGUAUCCCAUAGAGUAUGCAGAGAAGGCUGCUCUGUGCCAGUCUCUGCUGUAUGAGUUGCUCUAUGAGAAAGUGUUUGAUAUGGAUGUAAAGAAAAUUAUGGCAGAACUUAGCGCUGUUGGUGUGACAGAGGAAAGUAAUGGGAGCAGUGAAGUGUCUGCUUCGGAUUCAGAAGAUGACAACUACAGGUAA